CUUCUCUGACAGCAGGUUUGCAGCAUGGAACAACUCAACUCCUCUCUGGUCCUUUCUAACAUCUCUUCUCCUGGACAUCCACCUCCUGCCUCCUGGGACUCCAGGGGUCUGGUUCCUUCAGUGGUGAUGUCUGUCUGCUUCCUGCUGGGAGUUCCUGGAAACAUCGCUGUGAUCGUCCUCAAACCAAACUGGCAGCACCUGUCCAGUCUGAGCCAGACUUUGAUGCUGAAUUUGGCCAUAUCAGACCUGCUCUGCCUGCUCCCUCUGCCCCUGUGGAUUCACCAUUCACUUUACAACUGGAAGUUCGGCCUGGCGGCCUGUAAGCUCCUAACAUAUGUUAUGCACUGCAGCAUGUAUAGUAGCCUCCUGACUGUGACAGUGCUGAGUGUCCAGCGCUUCGUACAGGUGGUGAAACUGCAGAAACGCUUCGAUCAGGUGGGAAAGAGGAGGCUGCUGGUUCUGCUCUGGCUGGCUGUGAUGAUCCUGUCAAUCCCUUCUCUAGUGGUUAAACAGGUAACCACAGGCCAGCAAUGGACAAAGUGCAAAAUUCACUUCUCUUCCCAGGCUCAAGAGGUGGCUGUGCUGUUGGAGAGGUCCUUGAGUGGGUUUCUUUCAAUUUCUGUUGUGGCAUUUUCAUACAUAAGCCUUUACAGAAAAGUGAACCAGGCAGCUUUGUUCAACCAUCCACAGACGACCCGGCUGGUCACAAGCAUCAUUGUGACCUUUUUUGUCCUAUUAAUGCCUUAUUGCAUCAUAAAUCUGCUUCGUGUGGCAGCUAUUUUACUCAAAAAGGAGGGCCUGCGGAAGUUUUUUAUGGACAGCUGGAACAUUGUUAUAGCACUGACACUUGUGAAUAGCUGCCUGAAUCCACUCCUUUAUGCAUUUGCUUCUAGAAAUAUUUGCACUAUGUGCCAAAAAGCUGAAGUCUAAUUAUUUGAAGAAGUAUCAUCGAUAUAAAACCACCAAAUAUCGGUGCAGAGUUCAGAGACUUGAUGAUGACAACACGUAGAGACAUUAUUUAUGUUCUAGUGGAACUGAAAAAAGGCAGUUUUAGUAAAAAGAUUUCAUCUGAUACUGAGUUUGAGAGUGUGUUCUUUCAUUUGUCAUAGAGAGUUGUGGAUUAUUCUGUUUUUUAUAUCUUGUGGCGGUCGAGAGAUCAUUAGGGGUCGCCAUGGGUUGGGGAGGGUGGGAAGGUU